AACACAAAUUAGUCAUUUUUACACACCUUUAAAUGUUUUAAACUGUCAACAGCACGAUAUAUUUCAGAGUUGUACUGAUUAGUCAUUUCAUUUGAACUUACAAUCAAUUUGCGUACUUCUUUUGUCAUUUCAGCAAAAGUAUAACCUACGUGUAGAGGAACAAGAUAUCCUAAUUUAUCAGAUUGACUGAGCCAAGAUGUCCAUGUUAUGGAAAGGGGUACCUAUACCUGUGUUAGUUGCGAUCCUUCUGCUCAUUGUCGGAGGUUUGAUACAUAUUGUAGGUCUUGCUACACCAUACUGGCAUUCUGUCACAAUAACUAACAGUGUAAUACAAAAUAAGCCAUAUGGUCAUCAAGGAUUGUGGGCUAUAUGUUCGUCACGUGGUACUGAUGUUGUUGAUUGCAAUAGCCAUGGGGAUACUAAAAGUGUUUUAAUUGCGACCCGUGCACUAGAAGUACUUGCACUAUUGUUUGGUGCAGCCUGUAUCAUAAUAACUGGGUUGUGGUUCUUCCUGCAUAUAGAAAGAUAUAGGCUCAUUCUGAUGAUAUCCUGCCUUGGGACAGGAUUUAUUGCUGGUUUGUUUGGAUUCAUAGGAAUUAUAAUAUAUGCUGCAGACGUAAAUUCAAACAGCCGUAUCACAGAUGUAACUAGUGUGUACGUACAGACAUUGGACUGGAGUUUCGCUUUGUGUGUUGUGUCAUCCAUCAUGGUUACCGUGGCAACUAUUCUUAUUGGUAUAGGCACCAGAAUGAUGAAAUGAUCUUUAUAUACUGGUAGAUCUGUAUUAAAGAUUUUUAUACAUGUACAUUUAUACAGGUUUAUACGGUAUAUAUAUGUAUAUAUCUCAGACAGCUUGAACAAUUGUGUUAUUAUUAUUACUUCAAGAAGUUUAUUAUUCAGUAACCUGUUACUAAAAAUAACAAAUAAAAAAAAACACAUUUUAGUUUGUAAAAUGGCAUAGUCUGUUAUUAAGUCAUAGAAUUUUAUCCAUGUAUGCUGCACACCUGUAUAUCUUUCUGAUUAAUAAAAUGAUGUAAAAACCUUUUUAAGCGAUGUAUAAUUUAGAAAUAAUGUUAAUUGAUUCAUUUGCUCAAACCUUUAUGUCAGAAACACGAGAAAUUAAAUAAUAAUUUUCCCAAAUAGUGUUGACCUAUGGUACUGAUUCUAAAAAUAGAUUUCCCAAAUUUGAACUGAAAUGACCAUACGUAAAAUAGUAGGUCGAAUAUGUUAGCGCUCUUUCUUGAUCUCUAGUGUCACCAUUAAUUUGUGUUACUAAAAAUAAACGUGACUUGUCAUAUUAGACUAAGGUACCAGUUGUUGGAUGUUUUAUAACAGCUUAAUGUGAUAUAUGAAAACAAACAUAUCAGCAUUAAUUUUUCUACUGAGAAAAUUAUAUUUUUAUACCUAUUUUUAUGCCCCCUGAAGGGAGGCAUAUUAGUUUUCAACUGUCCGUCCGUUCGUUCGUCACAACGUUAACUUUUUGCAUGAAUUAAGGCACUUUACUCGCCAACCAUUGCACCCAGAACCUUCAAACUUCACAUGCUGAUAAUACUUAUUUAGUACACAACCCUUACUAACUUUGGGGUCACCAGGUCAAAGGUCAAGGCGCUGCGGGGGUUAUUUGUCACCAUUAGUGACAGCUGUUGUUUAAUUGUUGUAGCUAAUACUUUCUUAUUCUAAAUUUACAGACAGUGGCUUACUCAAGUUGGGAGACAUUAUGAGAAAUAAACAUUCCUAAUUAAUUGAUUUUCACACAUCUGUUGGUGUUCCAUUGUUAGAUUUUUAAAUUUGUUGCCCCAUACAGUUUGUAUCAGAAUAAAUUAAACAUGUCAGGAUGUGAUGUUAAUUUUUUCAUUUUUGUCGAGCCCGCUUGCGGAUGCGAAGACAUAGUUGUCCAAAUGGCUGUUCGGUGUAUGUGCGUGCAUCCGUGUGUCCAUCCAGAUUUGUUUGUCCAGACCAUAACUUUGACAUGCAUGGAGCAAUCUUGUUUAUAUUUGGCAUGAAUGUUAACCUCAGUGAGACGGAGUGUCAUGCGUUAACCCCAGGUUCCUAUCUCAAAGAUCAAGGUCACACUUACAGGUCAAAGGUCAAAUUAAAAAAUGACUGUCCGGAGCAUUUCUUCUUCAUGCAUGGAGAGAUUUUGAUGUAACUUGGCAUAAUUGUUCACCAUCAUGAGACGGAGUGUCAUGCACAAUAACCAGGUCCCUAGGUCUAAGGUCACGGUCACAUUUAGAGGUCAAAGGAUACAAGAAUGACCACUUUGUCUGGAGCAUUUCUUCUUCAUGCAUUUUGAUGUAACUUGGCACAAAUGUUCACCACCAUGAGACGGAGUGUCCUGCGCAUAAACCAGGUCCCUAGGUCUAAGGUCAAGGUAACAGAGAUCAAAAGUCAGAUACAAGAAUGACUUUGUCUGGAGCAUUUCUUUUUGAUGCAUAGAGGGAUUUUGAUGUAACUUGGCACAAUUGUUCAUCAUCAUGAGACGGAGUGUCAUGUGCAAGAUCCUAGAAUUACUUCCCUUUUUUGUUACUAUAAAUAGCUUAUAUUCGUAACUUUUUAUUACUGGUCGUAGGGAAAAAAUCAAGACCACUUUUCUGUAGUACAACAUGCAUGUUACAUCCAAUUUUCAGGUGAAUUUUGACCUAUCUCUACUGGUGAGGAUUUUUGUGUGGACUUAGAAUUUAUUUAUAUUUUUUAAAGAUUUUCGUCACUUAGUUGUUACUUUAAAUAACUUAUAUUGUAACUUUUUGCAAUCUCUUUUUUUAUUUGGCAUAAAUGUUAACCUCAAUGAGACAGGGCGUGUCAUGUGCAACUCCCAGUCCUUUUGAUAGCUGGCGGGCUCAACAUGUUGCCUAUGGGCAUCUAAUUACAAUAACAAUGUUCGACAGUACUGUUAUCUAUAGAAUCGUUAGAUUUAACAAAAAAAACAACGUAACUGUUUAAACAGUGGAUUUUAUCUUAAAAUAGAUCCAUCUUUUGUACCAUGCUAGUGAUAGUUAGUAAUUGAAAGGGACGGAAAGAGGAACUUUUAUGAACCAAAAGAUUGUGUUGCCAUUAAAUCUUAUUUUCUGACAAUUUAUGAUUUUAGUUAGUUUUUAGCUCACCUGUCACAAAGUGACAAGGUGGGCUUUUGUGAUCGCGCGGUGUCCAUCGUCCGUCCGUGCGGCCGUCCGUCCGUAAACUUUUGCUUGUGACCACUCUAGAGGUCACAUUUUUCAUGGGAUCUUUAUGAAAGUUGGUCAGAAUGUUCAUCUUGAUGAUAUCUAGGUCAAGUUCGAAACUGGGUCACGUGCCGUCAAAAACUAGGUCAGUAGGUCUAAAAAUAGAAAAACCUUGUGACCUCUCUAGAGGCCAUAAUUUUCAAUGGAUCUUCAUGAAAAUUGGUCAGAAUGUUCAUCUUGAUGAUAUCUAGGUCAAGUUCGAAACUGGGUCACGUGCGGUCAAAAACUAGGUCAGUAGGUCUAAAAAUAGAAAAACCUUGUGACCUCUCUAGAGGCCAUAUAUUUUACAGUUGGUCAGAACGUUCACCUUGAUGAUAUUUAGGUCAAGUUCGAAACUGGGUCACGUGCCAUCAAAAACUAGGUCAGUAGGUCAAAUAAUAGAAAAACCUUGUGACCUCUCUAAAGGCCAUAUUUUUCAUGGGAUCUGUGUGAAAGUUGGUCUGAAUGGUCAUCUUGAUGAUAUCUAGGUCAAGUUCGAAACUGGGUCUCGUGCGGUCAAAAACUAGGUCAGUAGGUCUAAAAAUAGAAAAACCUUGUGACCUCUCUAGAGGCCAUAUAUUUCAUGAAAUCUUCAUGAAAAUUUGUCAGAAUGUUCACCUUGAUGAUAUCUAAGUCAAGUUCGAAAGUGGGUCACGUGCCGUCAAAAACUAGGUUAGUAGGUCAAAUAAUAGAGAAACCUUGUGACCUAACUAGAGGCCAUAUUUUCCAUGGGAUCUGUAUGAAAGUUGGUCUGAAUGUUCAUCUUGAUGAUAUCUAGGUCAAAUUUGAAAGUGGGUCACGUGCCAUCAAAAACUAGGUCAGUAGGUCAAAUAAUAGAAAAACCUUGUGACCUCUCUAAAGGCCAUAUUUUUCAAUGGAUCUUCAUGAAAGUUGGUCUGAAUGUUCAUCUUGAUGAUAUCUAGGUCAAAUUCGAAACAGGGUCAUGUGCGGUCAAAAACUAGGUCAGUAGGUCUAAAAAUAGAAAAACCUUGUGACCUCUCUAGAGGCCAUACUUGUGAAUGGAUAUUCAUAAAAAUUGGUCAGAAUGUUCACCUUGAUGAUAUCUAAGUCAAGUUCGAAAGUGGGUCACGUGCCUUCAAAAAGUAGGUCAGUAGGUCAAAUAAUGAAAAAACGUUGUGACCUCUCUAAAGGCCAUAUUUUUCAUGGGAUCUGUAUGAAAGUUGGUCUGAAUGUUUAUCUUGAUGAUAUCUAGGUCAAGUUUGAAACUGGGUCAACUGCGAUCAAAAACUAGGUCAGUAGGUCUUGAAAUAGAAAAACCUUGUGACCUCUCUAGAGGCCAUACCCUUGAAUGGAUCUUCAUGAAAAUUGGUCAGAAUGUCCACCUUGAUGAUAUCUAGGUCAAGUUUGAAACUGGGUCACGUGCCUUAAAAAACUAGGUCAAUAGGUCAAAUAAUAGAAAAACCUUGUGACCUCUCUAGAGACCAUAUUUUUCAAUGGAUCUUCAUGAAAAUUGGUCAGAAUUUUUAUCUUUAUAAUAUCUAGGUCAAGUUCAAAACUGGGUCACAUGAGCUCAAAAACUAGGUCACUAUGUCAAAUAAUAGAAAAAACGACGUCAUACUCAAAACUGGAUCAUGUGGGAAGAGGUGAGCGAUUCAGGACCAUCAUGGUCCUCUUGUUUAUUUGUGGUACCAUGUCAUGUAUACUACUUCUUGCAUAUUUCAAUGAAAACUGUAGUAUAGUUAAUUCUUUUCAUCUCAGUGUCCACUGUGAAUAACCAGUCAUGCUGAUUUGCAGUUGUGAUGCCAAAUGUGAGGUAAUCGAUAUUGAUUUAAGUGCAAUUUCAAUGUCAUGAGAUUUAUACACUUGCCAACAUUUAUAAAGCACAGAAUAUAUUAUUGCAGUUUUUUGUCUUAGACUUAGGUUUAAAGGGGCUUACCUUCAGAUGCACACUUAAGUCAAAUGUUCCUAAAAAUGUACCAAAAUGAAAUCUAAAGGCAUUCCCCUUUAAUAUGUAACUUUACUGGUAAGAGUGAUUAACUUGACAUCUUGUCAAAUUUGACAAAAAGACAUAGCAAGGAAACAUAAAAAGUUAGGCCCUUUUACAUCCAGUGUGGAUAAAUGAACACAAGUUAGAAUUGUUCACAGGAAAAGUUUAAUAUCCUAAGUAAACAGGUCAUGUGAGAAAAGUCCUAGAACUUCGCAUAACAAAAACAGAAAAUAACACGAAAGCAAUUUUGAAUGUGCUCUUACUUUAUUAAAAGAUGUUUUGCAUGAUUUUUUAUCCAUUAUAGGCAUAUUUAUUGUCUGUAUAACGACCGAUGUUGUGUUGGUCACUCCAACCAGAACUCUGUUUCCUAUACGAACAAAUAUUUACUUGUGAAAUUUAUAAUGAUAUAAUUUUGUUGUUGUUGUUUUUUUUCGCUAUGUAAUGCUUCUCAUUAUGUAAAUUGUCACAUUGUCAUGCAAGAAAACAUUUAUUUGUUUUUAUUUUUUAUUUUAUUUUUUUUUUUUGUUGGUUUUAACGUCGCACUGACACAAUUUUAGGUCAUAUGGCGACUUUCCAGCUUUAAUGGUGGAGGAAGACCCCAGGUGCCCCUCCGUGCAUAAUUUCAUCACGAGCGGGCACCUGGAUAGAACCACCGACCUUCCGUAAGCCAGCUGGAUGGCUUCCUCACAUGAAGAAUGCAAGAAAACAAGACAGAUUUCAAAUUUUCUUGUUUAUGAUCUGUAAUUGACCAAAUAUUAAAAUUUUGAACAAAUCCAUUACUUGACCGAUAUCAGAUUAACACUUUUUAAUAUCUUAAAAAAGAAAACUCACCGUCAUUAUAUUUUACUUCAUAGCAACCUGCUUAACAAAUUAGCUUGCCUCAGCUGAUAAAUAGGGUUGUUCAUAAAAUGCUGUAUAAUUUAUUUGAUAGAACAUUGUUGCAAGACAUAUUUACAUUGUCAGACUGAGGGCAUAUUUUGUACUACUUUCUUGAAAAGCAUAUGCAUUUAAUAGAAAUAUGAGAUUGUUGAUAAAUUUAUACUGGUAAGAUAUUCACAAGAAGAAAAUUAUACUGUACUUAGAAAAUUUUGUUAAAUAUAUUGCAUGCAAUCAAAUAUUGAACGGUCACACAAUGCAUCCUCCGGAUCAAAUGUUCUUAAAUAAGCAAGUUAGAUAACUCUUAGUUGAAACUAGUUCAAAUUGUGGACCCUUCUUUACUUAGAAAAUUUGUUGAAGUAUUGCUACUAGUUGUUAUUAUUGCCUUUAAUAAAAUUUUAAUUUUUAAGCUAAUCUGAAAUUUUGCUUAUGAGGUUUUGUGAUGUGCUGUUUCCAAUCAAGCAUAGUUCUUUAACUUAAAAUGACUUCUCAUGUAUCGCAUGAUGGGUCUUCACCAAACUUUGUUAGAAGCAUCACUGCAUGGGCCUCUCUUAGGUUUGUUCAAAUGAUUCCACUCAGCCUACUGGCCAUCUUCAGUGACAUUCCACUUGGUCCUUGUUUGGAGCCAACAGCGCAUAAAAAUAGAAAAACAACACACCUUUAAAAGAUCUCAUGAGCCACUUGAUGGAUGUUCAUUGAACUUGGUUAUAAGCAUUCUUGAAAGGUAAUUUCUCAAGUUCAUUAGUUGCUUCUGCUUGGCCCCUAUUAGGGGCUGUCAGUGCUAUAAAUAAAAAAAGUCUUUAAUGUGAUAUUUGAUGGAUCAAAUGGCCCCUUUUAGGGCUGUUAGAAGUGAAAAUAGUAAAACUGUCAGAGGGAGUCUUCUCAUGAGGCACUUGUUGGAUCAUUGCCAAACUUGCUGUGUAGCAUCCCUGUAAAGUCUUCAUUCAUAAUUGUUCAAAUGAGCCGUGCCAUGACAAAACCAACAUAGUGGGUGUGCGACCAGCAUGGAUCCAGACCAGCCUGCGCAUCCGCGCAGUCUGGUCGGGCUCCAUGCUGUUCGCUUUUAAAGCCUAUUGGAAUUGGAGAAACUGUUAGCGAACAGCAUGGAUCCUGACCAGACUGCGCAGAUGCGCAGGCUGGUCUGGAUCCAUGCUGGUUGCAAAGCCACUAUGUUGAUUUUCCCAUGUCACGGCUCAAAUAAUUCCACUUUUAACAAAUUCUUCUGGUGAACUUUUGGAUGGAUCAUCAUCAGCUUGGUCUGUUGCACCUUCGUAACAUCCUUUUUCAAGUUUGUUCAUAUGCUUUCCAGUUUUGUAGAAAUUUUGCUUGACUGCUUCUAGGAGCAGGCCGGAUUAAAACAGAAUAAACUUUAAACAGCCUUGUAUAAACUGAUUGAUGUUAUGAAACAAGUGUUUUAUGAAGUAUAUUCAAGUCAGUUGAGCAACUUACAUCCAUCAUGACCCUCUUGUUGUAAUAUAAUUAUAGUCUUUUGUAAGUCUUGCUCAUCUUUAGUGGAAGUAACAAACGUUGAAUGACUUAUAAAUUGUCAUAUAGUUUAGAAUGCUAGCUGACUUACUGACAGCUCUUGUUUUACUUAGAAAAUUUGAAGAAAUAUUGCUAACAAGUUGUUAUUGAUGUUUAAUAAAAUUUUAUGGACAACUUGUGUUUUAAUAAGGUCAUAAGAACAAAAUUUAUAUCAGUGUGUUUCAUAUUUUAUGUUUAACCAAUAAAUUGAUGUACAAAUCAAAUUUCCAUACAUUGAUAUUUUCAUUAAAUCAAAAUUCAUAACUGAUUUUAAAGAAUUUUAGUGCAGUUUGUAUUUAAAGAACAGCAGAUGGCUUCUUGUUCAUCUUGAUGCAGUUGAUAAGAUAUAUUUCCAGGUUAAAUUUAAAAUGUACGAAAUUAAAUAUAUCUUUAUGUAAUAUUUAAAUGUUUUAGUUAUAACAUAAAUAACUGCAAUAAUGUUUGUAAAUUGGUUUCGUCAGAAAGUUUAUUAUACAGAAUACAGCAUAGUAAUUUGAUUAUAUAGAAUAGAUGCCAGAUGAUAACAUGUAAAUUUCAGCUGCUGCAGACGACAUUCUGUACUUGGUUAUUUAUGUAGUAUUUCAUCUUUAUAAUUGAUAUUACUGAAACUUAGAUACAGACUAAGGUUGUGCUUGAUUUGUAAUCUAAUCUCUCUGUAGUUUUAGGAUACUAUUUGAUUAUUGACACUGUAGAAGAAAUACUUAUUACUCCUUAGGAUCUCAUGGUUGAUUUUUAAACAUUUAUGAUAUAAAAUUUUAAUAAUAAUAGUGCAAAAUGGCAUUUGUCUGCAGAUUGCAGUUUCUGAUAGGGCAUUUCAUAGUGAAUUUUGAAAAUUAUGGACUGGACAAAAGCACAUCAGUAUAAGAAUAUUGCACAGUUUUUUGUUCCCUCUUCCACAAAAAACAACUUGGUGGAGGGGUGGGGGGGAAUACUUCGAUUUACCUUUGUCUGUCCAUCAGAAUUUGUGUUAUUCAUAUCUCAGAAAGUAUUUGAGCUGUCACACUGACUUAAUUAAGAGCAUAUGGCAACUUUUCCAGCUUUUGACCUUAAAGGAAGGCUUAGGUACCCUCUGGCCAUUUCUUCAAGCAUGAGUGAGCACCUGGGUAGAACCACCGACCUUUCACAAGCCAGUGCGAUUGCUUCCUUGCAUAAAACAUUCUGCACCAAAAGUGAGGUUUCAAACCACUAUCAGUGAGAGACAAGUGAUAUGAAGUCAGCAGCCUUAACCUCUCUGCCAUGGAGACCCCCAUUUGACCUAGAGCCAUCAAACAUCAUAGGAAUAGUGUUCAGCAUAUGAAGUUGUGCACCUGGAUUUUUUUGUGGAUUCACCAACCCCUCCCCAAGUCCUUUUGUAAAAAAAAAAAAAUUACGUUUGUUUUUUACUCUCUUAGUUUCUUGAUGAUGUUUUGUACAUGUAGUAUCAUUCCUCUCUAUCCCAAAAUAUUACGAAAGUUUACUCAGUAUAUAACAUAUUACCAUACAGUGACAGUAGGUAGGGGCAACAGCGUCAUAUAUAUGGACACAUCAAGUUUGGUUACCGAAAUUUUUUUGAAAAAAAGGCUUUUAUUACACAUUAUAUUUUCCUACAUUUAAGCAGGCAGUCUUAAGAAUUUUUUUUUUUUUUUUGAUAAUUUGAUACUAUUUUUUUUGUGCAUUUAGAAAAAGUAAAAACUGUUCUCAUUUUAAUAUUCAGAUCUGUAUUUUGGCUGUACUGUAUAGUUCUGUUUUUAUAUAUUUAAAUAUUUUGAAUUUAUAGCAUAAUUAUAAACAGGUGCUCGUACAAAUGUCCUUGUUCAUUGUUGUAACCUCAAAGACAUUUAUUCUCAUUGUAUUAUUUGUACUAGAUCUGUUACGGUUGUUUUUGUCAUAAAUUAUGCAAGAAAUUACUCACCGUGACGUGAAAGCAGGAUGCCUCACGAUGUACAUGUUUGUAUUUUUAGGGUGGAUGUGGGGGUGGAGUUUACAAUACCUUUUUUAGCCAUUAAUCACUGGGUAGGAUAGGGUUUUAUUAUCAGUACUUGUCUGCAUAAGAAAAUCUGCACACAAAUCUUAAUUUCUAGGCCAUUCUUUCCUGUUAUAAAAUUUUAUGUGCCAGUAUAUUUUUGAAAAUAUGGAAGGGAAUGGUUUCAUUAACCUUUAGCCUUUAGCCUGCUGGCAGCAAGGGGUUUUGCCUUUGUGACCAAUGCAGACCAAGAUCAGUUUGAUCUUGGUCUGCUCUGUUUGCUAUUCAAUCAGUUGUAAAUUUUCAAUGAACACCCCUUUGAUUAAUAAAUGGUACUGCCCAAAUUAAAUGAUAGACCAGUCCAUUUUAUAAAUUUUGCAAGGAAAAGUUUAAAGGACUAGCUCUCCAGAUUUACUUCAGCUUUUGUAUUUAAAAAGCAUUGCCUUUUGGGUUAAGGAAGAAGUGAACUUGAUUCGGUGAUGUCUAGGCUGUAUGUACAAUGUAAGAAGCAUUGUUUAAGUUUUUAAAAAAUGUAUAGAAAAGCUUUAACUUGAUAAAUAUAGAACGCACAGUCUAAGUAGGUUAUUUUAAUUAGAAUUUAGCUCUAAGCUACAGCAUUUACCAAACAUAUCAGCCGUUAACAAAAGUCUUUGAUAUGUUUUUAUUAUUUUUUUAAAAAACUGACGUAUGUCACGAGGCAUUCUGCUUUUAAUUUUCUAAUACCAGUUAUAAUCAAAUAUAUCAUUUUACGCAUUUUAUUGAAUUAUAAAACAGUUGUACAUUGGUUAUAUUUUAUAUGAAAUUGAAUAAAAUCUGUUUUUAAACAG